UGUGCUAGAGAGACUGGAUGCUCUGUAUAAAGCAGCGAAUAAGCUGGACUCAAGCACACACAGGCUGUACAUAUCGCUGAAGACAGCUGAGAGCAGAAUAUUUCCUAGCACGGCAUGCACCACCUUGGACACGAUUAUACAGAAGAUAGAGAAAGAUGGGCUGCCAAAAGACCUGAAUGGCGCAGUGGCUGAGCUCCUGGGCAGCAUGAACAUGGACAGAGAAACAGUAAAGAUGGAAAUAGAAAAAAGAGUAAAUAGAAAAACAGCGCAAAAUCUGCUCCCCAUUCUGUCUCUUGUUCGGCCUGUAAAUAAAAUGCCAGAAAUGGUAAAUAUUCAGUUGAGGGACAGAUUUAGGCCAGUGGCAGUAAUGGAGGCUGUGCAGCUGUUCCAGUGGGAGGAGCCUGUUAGCAUAAACUCCGACAGGUAUGCACAGAUAAAGGAGCACACAGAGCAAAUAGCAGGAUUUCGCAACCCCAAGGGCAUUAUCCUGUUUUUCAUCAAAGAAUCGCAGAAUCCCCUGAUUGCAGCAUUUGCUGAAGCAGCAGAAACAACGCCCGAGCUGCUGGCUGAUUUAUUUCCUAUAGCUCUGUAUGCAUCUCUUCGCGAGAUGCCAGAGUGCCUGAAAAUGAAAGUGGUUGAUGCGAUAGGAGAGGCUGCAUCUUCUCUCGAGAACGGACAGAGACUGCGAAGGAUUAUGAUGGAAGGCUUAGAGUAUGUUGUUAUGGCAUCGUGUGCAGCAUCUGAGGCAGAGUACGCAAUGAAAUACAUUUCACCCGGUCGAAGAAACAUAUAUGUACAAAAAGUGUCCCCUGAGAAUGAAAGUAUACAGCUUAUUUAUUUUGCAAAAACAGAGCCCAAAGAAUUUGAUGUACUUAUUCAGCAUAAAAACAAACAGAAACAAGGAGAAGAUCGGUACGAAGAGAAUAUAAACACUAAGCAAGUAAAAGCACUCAAAGAUGCGUCGUAUAGUGUGGUAGAGUGUCUGAGAAGUACAGAUGAUCCACUAAAGACAGAAAAGCUGCUAGAUAAGGCGCUUGAUGCACUGGUAAAAUGGGAAGUGCCGUAUGUCUCUGAGCUCUUCUCCAUCAGCAAUUCAUCGUCACCUAAUGCAACGCUUGAAGCAGUGCAGGCGCUAGACCUAGCUGUGUCCAGUGACUUAGACAGUAUGUAUACGCCUGGAUGGAUGCGAAUCAUAAAAAGAUCAGAAGCAGUGGCUAUGAAGAUACUAAAUGCAAAAUGUCAGUCACCACCCAACAAAAAAGAAGAAUCAGAGCACAUAGUUAAAACAUGCAUGGAGUACAGAACAAGCAUCCGCAACGAGAUCAUUUCUGCAGCUAUGCAUCCCUCAUCUCUACUGUCUUUCUGCACUGAGGCAGCAUAUUCGCCUUUUUCUAGCAUACUUGCUGAGGCAGUGCAAAAAAAAGAUGCUAAGCUGGCUAGAGGCCUUAUGAUGCUAGAGGUGCCAGGAGAGAAUAAAAUACUGCUCGCAGAAAAAAUAGCAAAUGCAGCUACAACAAGCUGGGCUGUGAGUAAAAAGGAGUGCACAGAGAUUAUAAACAGCACACUAGAUGAUGAAACCAUUAUGCAAUCCAAGGAUGUGCUUGAUUCUGUGGAAAAAAGAGCAUUCACUCAGUGGGGAAGAAUGGAGUUCACAAAGGCGCCUCUGAAAAAAAGAAUAGAAAUACUAAAAGAACUAGUUAAGACACAAGAAGCAAAGGAGGAUGCAGCCCUCUUUCUUUCUCUUCUUAAAGAAACUAGCCCUGGCGAUGAUACACAUUCAGCAAUACUGGAAAUAAUUGAAGAAAUAAGACCGGAGCACAUCCUUGAAAACAUGUACGAGCUAUUCCAACUAGAAGAGACACACUCUACCUACACAUCAGCCAUAGUAAAAAGACUGAUCGAGUACUCGCCAGAAAGAGCCUCCUUCCUUUGGGCAGUGCAGAGUGCUUCUCCUUCCGUUUUGUCUAACGGCUUAUCAAUGGAUGUGUCUAUCUCAUCUGUGGCCGCUGAGUAUGUGAAAGUGAUGCAGGAGAUAGUGCAGAGUGCAGGAGACAUUUUGUACAGUAAAUUGGCUAGAUUUAAAAUGCAGAAAAAAUGCCAUACAAAGACAGAGGCCAGACCGUUUACACAGGAGAUCACAGAGACACAGAAAACAGCACAGCCGCAGCAUUCGCAUGACCAGUGUCUCAAACAGCUCCUUAGCAGCAUUGAAAGCGUAGUAGAACAGCCAAUAUACAGAGCAGCAGAGAAAAGUGAAGAAAGUGUGCACGCCGCCAUAAGAGAAAUUCAGGAGAUUGGAAGGAUCGCAAAUAAAACGCCUGCCUGGAAGACUCUCCUUAUAAAUAGAGUCAACCGAGUGGCGGGGAUACUGGCCCAGUCGCAGCCCAAGGCUAUUUAUCUGAGCAAAAGAGCCGAGGAUAUUUUGGCGAAGUCGUAUCUUCCGGGUACAGAUAUAAAAGUCUACAAAAUAGAAAAAAAAGUAGAGAUUAUUUCUUCUCUUCAGAAUCCAAGACUUAUCACACUGAUAGGCAUAGAUGGUGUGAAGAGACAGUAUCUAGUGAAAAUAGAAAGAGACUCAGAAGUAGAGAGAACAAUCGCAAAGAUCUUUAAAAUCAUGGAUGCACAGGUUCCAGACACAUAUGAAAUACUUCCCAAUCAGAUUCUCAUUACAGCGUACAUACCAAACAGCCAGUCGCUAAGAGAGGCUAUCCUUGAAAUGCGCAGGGACAAACAGGAAGAGAACAAAACAAGGUCUAAGUCGCUGGAAAGAAGGGAAAAAGAGGAAAUAGGAAGACUGUGUACAAAUUAUAACGACCUAAGAGAGCUCGAAAAGAUGGAGAUAUAUCUAAAGGUAACUGACUUUGCAGCUAAAGAAAUAAAAUGGUGGAUAUCCAAGCACACGCACACUGUCCACUCUUACUUAGAAAGAGUUCGCACAUUCUCGAGGACAUAUUUGUACAACAGUCUUGCUGCGUACAGUGUAGGAUUGGGUGAUAGACACCCUGGGAACAUUCUACUACUCGCAGACGCAUCGGCAAUGCACAUAGACUAUGUUGACUCUUUUGACACACUGAAUACAAGGGAAAAGUACCGAGAGAGAGUUCCACUAAGGCUAACGCCAAUGAUACUGAAUUCCAUAGGGCCAGAAGCUGCAGAGAGAAUGGUAGUAGAGGGCCUGAGAAUGUUCCGUACGUAUGAAAAAGGCAGAAACAGCAUAGACGCAGCCAUUGCCCUUCUUUUUCUCAGAAGGAAAAUGUUCCGUAAACUGUCUAAAACGGCAGUGCAGGAACAGAUACACUGCAAACUGGUGGUGGACGACGAAGAGAAAGAGAUAAACAGGCUGUACAAACAAGCAACCUCGCUUGAAGAAAUAUCGCAGAUGUAUCUCGGAUGGAUGCCCUUUUGGUAG